AUGGAUUCAGGGGCCCUCUCGGACAUUCAGCUUGUAUCAUCUGGGCCAGGAGUUGUGCAACCCGGAGAGAAUCUCCACCUGGUCUGUAAAGUGACAGGUUUCUCCAUCACAACUCAGAAUUACUAUUGGCACUGGAUUCGCCAGCCUCCUGGGAUGGGACUCGAAUGGGUUGCAGAAGUAUACCCCUACGAUGGCAGAAAGUGGUAUGCCCCUUCCCUGAAAAGCCGUACCACCAUUUCUUCUGACACCUCCAAAAAUGAGUUCUCCCUCCAGCUCAGCUCUCUGACAACUGCAGACACAGCUGUGUAUUUCUGUGCCAGACAAAGCACAGUGAGGCAAGUCCACUGGAGCUAUUGGAAGAAUCUCCACCUGGUCUGUAAAGUGACAGGUUUCUCCAUCACGACUCAGUAUUAUUAUUGGAAUUGGAUCCGCCAGCCUCCAGGGAAAGGUCUGGAAUGGGUUGCAGCUAUAUACCCCUAUGGUGGAAACAAGUAUUAUGCCCCUUCCCUGAAGAGCCGUACAACCAUUUCUUCCGACACCUCCAAGAACGAGUUCUCCCUCCAGCUGAACUCCCUGACAGCUGCUGACUCAGCUGUGUAUUUCUGUGCCAGAGAAAGCACAUAUUAUGCUUGGAACUGGAUCCGCCAGCCUCCAGGGAAAGGUCUGGAAUGGGUUGCAGCUAUAUACCCCUAUGGUGGAAACAAGUAUUAUGCCCCUUCCCUGAAGAGCCGUACCACCAUUUCUUCCGACACCUCCAAGAACGAGUUCUCCCUCCAGCUGAACUCCCUGACGGCUGCCGACUCAGCUGUGUAUUUCUGUGCCAGAGAAAGCACAAGAAAGCACAGUGUGGCAAGUUCCAUUGAAGCUCUGUACAAAAACAGGAACCUCAUUCUUAACACAUAUGUUGAGCACAAUUUCUAUUGCAAGGGCAUCAUCAGUCUUUAA